GCCUGUUACAGAACAUGAUCAAUCCCUGAAAGAGGCGGGAGGGUGACUUGAUACCGGCUCCCUCUCAGCGGCUGACGGAGAGAUGCUCGCUGCUGUACAGAUGACUUUGCCGGCUGUGCGUUAGGGUUAGGGUUAGCGCGUAGAAUAAAUUACCAGUUUAUCUCGCUGCAUUUUGCGUCCAAACACAUUCACCGACUGACUGAGAGGCAGGACGCUCCCACCAAAAUCCCAGCUAAAUAACUGGAUCUGCUCUAUUCAUGAAUGAGUCUCUUCUUAUUUCAAGACAUCUUCCGCUGCUCUACCAUCAAGAUUAGUGGCUGGCUGGAGAGUCCUAAAGCGUCCAAUAUCAGCGCUGACCAAUAAACUACACAACAAGAAUGGAAAGAAGGCAAUUAUGAAAUAUGUGAAGAUCACAAGACAGCACCUCAGUUCAUCUUUUUCAGCACAAUCCUGCUCCUUGCUGACACAAGAUCCCAGGUGUUUUAUCUGAGCUCGGUAUUUUUCGGAGCCCUGUGGGGAUGGGAACGUGCUUAGAUGAAGGAUGGACUUACUGUGGCCUCACUAAAGGUCACAAUCCUCUUAAGGUCAUGACAUGGCCCCUGGCACUGUGGCUAUUGACUCUAAUCUCUGUGAAUCAAAAGACAACUGUUGGACAGACUCUGAACACCUUCCAGUCAGAGAGGAAGGAUUGGUCGCUGAACCACCUGACUGUGCAUCAGUCUACGGGGGCUCUCUACGUUGGAGCUGUCAACCGAAUCUACAAGUUGUCAGCUAAUCUCACCCUCCUGGUGUCCCAUGAUACAGGGCCAGAGUAUGACAACAAAGCAUGUUAUCCUCCACUGAUUGUCCAGCCCUGUUCUGAGCCUCUUGCCUCUACUGACAACGUUAACAAACUGUUACUUAUCGACUACUCUCACAACCGGCUGCUGGCCUGCGGCAGUCUCUACCAGGGCGUCUGCAAGCUGAUGAGGCUGGAUGAUUUGUUCAUCCUUGUGGAGCCUACGCACAAGAAAGAACACUACCUGUCCAGUGACAACCAGACAGGGACGAUGUAUGGGGUUGUUGUGCCCUCGCAGGGUCAGGAUGCGACUCUGUACAUAGGCACGGCAGUUGGAGGCAAACAGGACUACUUCCCAACCAUCUCCAGCCGCAAGCUGCCUCGUGACCCAGAAUCCUCUGCCAUGCUGGACUAUGAGCUUCACACUGACUUUGUUUCCUCUCUCAUUAAAAUCCCUUCAGAUACGUUGGCUCUUGUCCCACACUUUGACAUCUACUACAUCUAUGGCUUUGCCAGUGGCAGCUUCGUCUACUUCAUGACCGUCCAGCCAGAGACGCCUGAGAAUGGGAUGCCCGCUGGCGGCUCCCCAGGCGACCUGUUUUACACCUCUCGCAUUAUCCGCCUCUGCAAAGGUGACAAGAAGUUCCACUCAUAUGUGUCACUUCCUGUGGGGUGCAUACACAGAGGUGAGGAGUACCGUCUGCUGCAGGCAGCUUACCUGUCCAAGGCUGGAAGGGUUCUGGCAAAGUCGCUCAACAUCAGUGCCCAGGACGACGUGCUCUUUGCCGUGUUCUCCAAGGGACAGAAGCAGUGCCACGACCCUCCAGAUCACUCCGCUCUCUGCGUUUUCACCAUCCAAGACAUUAACACGCGCAUUAAGGAGCGGCUGCAGACCUGCUAUCAGGGAGAGGGAAACCUGGAGCUGCACUGGCUGCUGGGAAAGGAUGUGCAGUGCACCAAAGCGCCUGUUCCCAUUGAUGAUCACUUCUGCGGCCUGGACAUAAACCAGCCCCUGGGUGGUUCCCAACUGGUGUCGGGUCAGACGGUGUACACUGAGAGCAGGGACAGGCUGACCUCUGUCACCUCCUACAUCUACAAUGGACACAGUGUGGUCUUCCUGGGGACCAAGAGUGGGCAGCUGAAGAAGAUCAGACUGGACGGUCCUCUGGAGGGAGGAGUGCUGUAUGAGACAGUGACUGUGAUGAAGGAUAGCAGCCCCAUCCUCCGGGACAUGGCCUUCUCCCUGGACCGGAACUCUCUCUAUGUCAUGUCUGACAAUCAGGUGGCUCAGGUCCCUGUGGAGGCCUGUGAGCAGUAUGGUUCAUGUGCUGAGUGUCUAAGCUCUGGUGACCCCCAUUGUGGCUGGUGUGUCCUGUAUAACAUGUGCUCGAGGAGGGAUCGGUGUCAGAGGGCGGAGGAGACCUUCCGUUUUGCCACUGACAUUGACCGCUGUGUGAAGGUUAUCGCUCACCCGGACAGCAUUGCUGUAUCAGCACAUAGUGUUCCUCUGCUGCUGGAGGUGAAUAACGUUCCAGACCUUUCUGCUGGAAUCACCUGUUCAUUUGGGCAGCAGGCCCAAGUUGAGGGUCGUGUCAAUGGGAACAGCUUCAUGUGUCUGUCCCCAGCUGGGAAGGAGGUCCCUCAGAUACCAGAAGGACAAGACUGGGCUGGCGUAGAGCUUCGUCUGAACUCAAAGGAGACGGGUCAAACAGUUGCCAGCACAGAGGUGAAGUUCUACAACUGCAGCACACAUAAAACGUGUCUGUCCUGUGUAAACAGCACUUUUCGUUGCCACUGGUGUAAAUACCGCAAUCUGUGCACCCACGACCCCAGCAGCUGUUCAUUCCAGGAGGGAAGAGUAAACGCCUCAGAGGACUGCCCUCAGCUCCUUCACUCUGGAGAAAUUCUCAUUCCGGCCGGCGAGGUCCGACCCAUCACCCUCAGGGCCCGAAACCUGCCCCAGCCGCAGUCAGGCCAACGGGGCUACGAGUGCGUGGUGCACGUGCAGGGUGUCAGCCACCGUGUCACGGCACUGCGCUUCAAUAGCACCAGCGUGCAGUGCCAGAACAGCUCGUACAUGUAUGAGGGUGUGAAGAUCAGUGACCUGGCAGUAGACCUCUCCAUCGUAUGGAACGGCAAUUUCAUCAUCGACAAUCCCGAGAAGAUUAAAGUGCACCUCUACAAGUGCAGCGCCCAGCGCGACAGCUGUGGCAUGUGUCUGCGGGCAGAGAGGAAGUUCCAGUGUGGCUGGUGUAGCGGCGAGGGCCGAUGCACCAUGAAGCAGCACUGUCCACCCAUCUCCCCCUACGCUAGCCGCUGGCUGAACCUUUCUGCCAGGAAUGUCAAGUGUACCAACCCACGCAUUACUGAGGUGAGCCCAGUUGCAGGACCUCUGGAAGGGGGCACACAGGUCACCAUCCAGGGCCUGAACCUGGGUCUGUCAUUCUCUGAGCUGGAGGGCAAUGUGGAGGUGGCAGGUGUGCAAUGUACCCCACAGGAGGAGGGAUACAUCACUGCUGAACAGAUUGUGUGUGAGAUGGCUGAGGCUCCUAAAGGCAGUUCACCAGGUCCAGUGAAGCUGUGUGUUGGGGAAUGCAGACCAGAACUACGGGCACAGUCCUCCCAGCUUUACUCCUUUGUGACCCCUUCGAUGCUGGCGUUGACCCCAGGCAGAGGACCUGAAUCCGGGGGCACGAAGGUCACCAUUGUUGGGGAGAAUCUGGGUGCUGGAAGCACUGUUAACGUGUACUUUGGUAAUCAGACCUGUGAGCUGUACAGGAGGACCAUGGCGGAGAUUGUUUGCUUCUCUGCGCCAUCUGUGACGAGAGCCGGACCAGUGCAGGUCAGUCUGAGUGUCGACCGGGCCAAAGUUCCUGGGAGUCUGGCCUUUGAGUACAUAGAAGACCCAACAGUCCAGCGCAUUGAGCCCUUGUGGAGUAUUACCAGUGGACACACUACCCUGACAGUGACUGGAACCAACCUGGAUGUAGUUCAGGAGCCACGGGUCAGAGUCAAAUAUGCCGGCCAUGAAUCUGUCAAUGUGUGCAAAGUGCUGAACACAACCACCAUCAGCUGCUUUGCACCCUCUCUGAAAGCGGAGUACACAGCAGACCAGGAGACGAUCAAACACGUGGACGAGUUUGGCUUUGUCUUCAACAAUGUCCAAGCUCUUCUGACUUACAACAACACAAGCUUUGUCUACUACCCCAACCCCUACCUGGAACCCCUCAGUCUAUCAGGUGUUCUCGAGCAGAAACCUGGUGCUCCAAUCAUACUCAAAGGACGUAACCUGGUGCCAUCUGCAUCUGGUGGAGCCAGGCUGAAUUACACAGUACUGAUUGGAGAAACGCCCUGUUCUCUCACUGUGUCUGACACUCAGUUACUCUGUGAGCCACCAAACCUCACCGGGCAGCACAAAGUCCUGGUCCAAGUAGGAGGACUCCACAUCUCUCCAGGAGAGGUUCACAUCCGCUCUGACAGCUUGCUCACCCUUCCUGCCAUCUUCAGCAUCACAGCUGGAGGAGGGCUGCUCCUCAUCAUCGUCAUUAUAGUCCUACUGGCCUACAGACAGAAGUCACAUGAGAACGACCUCACUCUGAAGCGCCUGCAGAUGCAGAUGGACAAUCUGGAAUCCCGAGUGGCUCUGGAGUGCAAGGAGGCUUUUGCAGAGCUGCAGACAGACAUCAAUGAGUUAACGAGUGAUCUGGACAGAGCAGGCAUCCCCUACUUGGACUACCGCACUUACGCUAUGAGGGUUCUCUUCCCCGGCAUCGAUGAUCACCCUGUGCUCAGAGAGCUGGAGGUGCCGGGGAGCGGACAGGCGAAUGUGGAGAAAGCCUUGAAGCAGUUUGCUCAGCUGGUGAAUAACAAGGUUUUCCUGCUGACAUUCAUCCGUACACUGGAGCUGCAGCGCUCCUUCUCCAUGCGUGACCGCGGUUAUGUUGCCUCGCUCAUCAUGACUGCUCUGCAGGGCCGGCUGGAGUACGCCACAGACAUCCUCAAACACCUGCUCUCAGAUCUAAUAGAACGCAACCUGGAGAGCAAGAACCACCCCAAACUACUGCUCCGCAGAACAGAGUCUGUGGCGGAGAAGAUGCUGACAAAUUGGUUUGCUUUCUUGCUUCACAAAUUUCUCAAGGAGUGUGCUGGCGAGCCGCUCUUCAUGCUGUUCUGUGCCAUCAAACAGCAAAUGGAGAAGGGACCCAUAGACUCCAUCACCGGAGAAGCACGCUAUUCCCUCAGUGAGGACAAACUCAUUCGACAGCAGAUUGAGUACAAGACGCUGACGCUGAGCUGUGUGAACCCAGACAAUGAGAACAGCCCAGAAAUCCCUGUCAAGGUGCUCAACUGUGACACCAUUUCCCAAGUAAAGGAGAAGAUCCUGGAUGCGGUGUACAAGAACAUGCCCUACUCGCAGCGACCACGAGCUGCAGACAUGGAUCUCGAGUGGCGGCAGGGCAGAACAGCUCGUGUGGUCCUGCAGGAUGAGGACAUCACCACCAAGAUAGAGAGUGACUGGAAGAGACUCAACACACUCAUGCACUACCAGGUGUCUGAGCGCUGUGUGGUGGCCUUGGUGUCCAAACAGAUGUCCUCUUUCAACAUUCCUUCCUCAGCCAGCUUCCCACGGAGUAUCAGCAGAUAUGGUGUGGACGUACCCUUCCGCUCCACACCCACCAGCCCGGACAGCCCCCACUCCCGUGUGCCCAUGCUGACCGCUGACCUGGAGAGUGGGGUCAAAGUUUGGCACUUAGUCAAGAAUCACGACCAUGGAGACCAGAAAGAAGGCGAGCGUGGCAGCAAGAUGGUUUCUGAGAUCUACCUGACGAGGCUACUAGCAACAAAGGGCACACUGCAGAAGUUUGUGGAUGACCUGUUUGAGACCCUGUUCAGCACUGUGUGUAGGGGCACUGCCCUGCCUCUGGCAAUCAAAUACAUGUUUGACUUCCUGGACGAGCAGGCUGACAGGCAUGGCAUCCAUGACAUGGACGUUCGCCACACCUGGAAGAGCAACUGCCUGCCCCUGCGCUUCUGGGUUAAUGUGAUCAAGAAUCCCCAGUUUGUGUUUGACAUCCACAAAAGCAGCAUCACGGACGCCUGUCUGUCUGUGGUGGCACAAACCUUUAUGGACUCUUGCUCAACUUCUGAACACCGUCUGGGCAAAGACUCACCCUCCACCAAACUACUCUAUGCCAAGGACAUACCGCAUUACAAAAGCUGGGUAGAAAGGUACUACGCUGACAUCAACCGCCUGCCUGCCAUCAGUGAUCAGGAUAUGAAUGCCUAUCUGGCUGAACAGGCCCGCCUUCACUCCAGUGAGUUCAACAUGCUCAGUGCCCUCCAUGAGAUCUACGCUUAUGUCAGCAAGUACAGCCAAGAGAUUAUUGAGGCACUGGAGCAGGAUGAACAGGCCCAGAAGCAGAAAUUGGCAUAUAAAGUGGAGCAGAUCCUCUCAGCCCUGUCUACAGAGAGCUGAAACACACACACACAGUACGCACCAAAACAUACUAUUACAGACCCAUCGGAACACACACGUUAUUAGGUGCAAUCGCACACACACACACACCAGAUUUAAUGGACCUACAGUAUUAACAAGCUGAUAAUACAUACACAAAGAGAUACAUACACAUGCAAAUGUACAUACACAAACCACUGCACACAUCAAACAGCAGAUCGUCCCAAAGCAUGACUUUUGAAUCCAAUGUCAUCAUUUUUUUAGAAGAAACUCCAACAGGCAAACAUCCAACUUUUAAACAGCUCCUAUAGAGAGAGAGAGGGGGGGGGGGGAUUUGGGCCAGUUGCUGAAUUUGCAGCCAAUUCUUUUCCGCUGGGUAAUGGUUUGUCUUUGUAGUGGGUGCUUAUACUAAAUGUGUGUGUGGCAUGGCUGGAGCUCUGAAGAGAACAGCACUUAAUAAAGAAUGACUCAACUUGAAAAGUCACUGGAGGAGCUCAACAAAGACAGGAGCCAAUUUAAUGGCCAGCACAUGUGGUGAGACAAGAUUCAAAGUGCUUUUAAUAUGUCAAAGAUGAAGGACACUUAUUCACAUUACACAACAUUGGCUUGGAGUGACAUUGCCAUUUAGAGCCAUCCGGAGCAGAGAUGUGUAACUUCGUGUUGUUACGCCCUUUCCUACUGCCUUGUGAAGGCAUAAAAAAGAGAACACUAAAGACUCUAGCAUCAUUACUUUUCAUUUCCACACUUGAAACUCCCUGUGAUAUGGUUUUUUUUUGUAGUUGUAGUUUUGUAGUGUGUUUCUGCUAGGGAUUGAACAGCUUACCGAAAAUGUGUCAUUGACAAGGUGAAGGUCCAGCUCUUUAAUAAUACAACACUGAGAAGGCAUUACCUUAAAAUGUGAAAUAUAUGUAGAGAUAUUUCCAGACCCAAUCCCUGGCUUGUGUGCCAAAUAUUAUGUCUCAUGUUUCAUUCAUGUUAAAUGCUCCUGUAGAAGCUAUUAAUAAUACAUGCCAUUGUAUGGAAAAGAUCCCAUUUGAGAUAGGAAAUUUUGUACAGUGAUGAUCUAUAGACCACCAAUUCAACCAUUCAAAGAUAAGUGGGACCAAACUGAACUGUUGCAGAAAGCAUGAUUAAUGAUGCUGUAAGUCUGAUCGUGGAUCAGAUUUGCCUAACCUUGGCCAACAGCGUGUCUCCCCCACCCUCCCUGUCUCAUCAGUCAUUGUUUACAUUCAGCGUGAUACUUGAAAUGCACAGAGUGUAUGAGAUAUUAAGAACACCUGCUGCUCCUGUAAAGUAAUCUGGUCAGAUUAAGUUAGAUGAAGGCUUUGAUGCCUUAUUGAUUUUCCCAAUAAAUCUACUUUGAACAUAACCUGGAAAUUAAAACUUUGGAAAAAGGCAGGAGAAGGAUUUCCAACCCUUGAGACAGUUGACCUGUGAGUCUGUAGCGCAGGAUAUAGGCUAAAGAAGGUGUUCUUAAUAUUUUGUACACAGAGUGGAUAUAUGAUUAAUGAUAUGUGCUUCAAUCCUUGUAAUGUUUAUUCAUUAAACAUCUGUUUGUUGUUUCACAGCGCUAUCUUGGCUUUACAUCCUGACUGUUUCCAUGUUUCAGCGUAUAAUUCACUAGUUAUAAUUUUGCAUUCAAAUGUACAUUGUACCUGAGUGUUUGUUAUCUCCUUGCUGCUGUAUUUAUAGAGUGCCAUAUCUAAACUUUCAAAUGAUUAUCAUGAUAAAAAAUUCAGUCUGAGGCAUCGCAUUCAUUCAGGGUUUAAGUUUUGAUUGUUUGUAUUCCACCCAUUGCAAUGAUGAAAGAUGAACUUUCUGUGUUACAACAGUCACCAAGAUUAUCUAUCAGUAUCAUUCUGCAGCGCUGCCUUUUUUUUUUUUUUUUUUACCAUUUCAGUAUCAGUGGGGUUAAUGUACUCCCCCACAGGACCUUGAUUCAUGCUAAUCUAGAAGAAGAAGAUAAAAUAAGAUAAAUAAUAAAUACAUUUCCUGUUAAGUGUUGAAAUAUGACAGACCUCAUCUGUUUCAUGUGUGGUUUGAUGAUAAUUUAUAAAUGUGUUGUGCAAUAAACUGUCAGAUGUUUAAACUGUAAUGUUUUUUAAACUAUAUAUUAUUGUAUAAAUAUUGUACAUAAAAAACACUCCUAUUUUGCAAGCAAAAGUUCACUUUGUACUGUUGUAAUACAUUAAAUGCGCA